AAGAUGGGAAAUUUAAUAUGAAGAUGGUAUCAGAUCGCAGAAACUUCAUAGAUGGCAACAAAUUUGACACAGCAAAAAUCAGUGGGAAUAAAUCUAAAAAGAUUUGCAAUCCCGAAAAAGUAGUGAACAACAAACUUGACAAUAAGGGAGCUGAUUCUGAUAUACAUGAGGAAGUUCGAGAGGGUGUUAGUAGAAUAACAAAUGAAGUGAUCCUCGAGCAGAUUGAAUUAGAGGCAAAAUCGCUGGGUGUCGACGCUUCAGUUGCGGCCAGGAGCUUGGUCCUGGCACAGGUUAAAGUGCUGGCACGCCUUCUUCAUGAUGAACAUGACUAUAUGUGUGACCUAGAGGGACUCGUCACUACUACACGGUUUUUGGUUGCAAGAAAAAUAUUAACUACAACAGAUAUAGGAGAACAGUUACUCAAUGAAACAGCAUUUCUGGGCCUCUCACUUACAUCUCUGUGGAGGUUCACUAACAUUGGAGUUGUAUCACUAGAGCAGAUCAUUAAAUGCAUUCAUGAUAGCGGGAACACCACCCAUUCAAUUGUGGAUGGUCUUUUUGACUUGAUACUGCAUGGCAGGAAAGAUCAUGUGGACACCUCAGCUGUUAGUGAUAUUCUUUCUGUUCUUAUAUGUAUUGCUUAUGACUCUGCUGAGGAUGAUCAUGCCUCAUUGUGCAAAUUUGCUAAUCAGGCACUCUGCUCAUUAACAACAAGAUUACUUAAUCACAUUCUGAACUGGGAAACGGAGAAGAGAGAAUAUGCGACUAUACUAGGCACUGACAGCACGAGUUUGAAAUCAGAGAGCAAGUGCAAAGGGAAUGUUACCAAAUCCACUAAUGAAUUAUCUGAAGAUGGUGUCACUGAGGUGAUGAACAUAUAUGAGCUGGUGCUGAACAAUCUUAGCAUAACAUCAGAAGCACUGGAACUUUACUGCUCUGGUCAGUUGAUGAAACUUCUCACCCACUGUCCUGAGCUGCAGCUGGGUCGAGUAUUGAGGCAUCAAGAAAAAUGGAGAUCAACAAAAGCCAACACUGCACUUUCAGCUUGGAUGCAGAAGUUGCUUGUGGCACUUGGUUAUGAAGCAGCUUUAAGUACACUGGAGAUGGUGGUUAAUAAUGAAGAGGUUAACUGGGCGUGUGUCCUCACACUUGUUGCCACAGCACUCAACUGUCAUCGGGCAACUGUUGCCAUUCUCAAAGGGAUGAUAGAGCGCAACAUUCGUCGUGGGUGUGAGGAGCAGGAGAUGGAUUCGCUGAUCAUAGGGUUCCUGUUUGCUAGACAUGCUGGCCAGGAGGGACGUCACAUCUUCCCAUCUUACUCUCAGUGGUUCAACACACUCUUUGCAACAGAGUCGGGAAGUCCUGUACCAAACAAGCAGGCUUUCACUUUCUUGAUCCACUUCUUGACAGAGCUGGUACCCCAUGAGCCAGCUUACUGCCUUCGUGCUCACCUCACAAAUCAGAUCUUUGUACCGAAGGGAUGUCAGGAGGUUUUGAGAGAGUAUUGUUACUUAGCCAGAGCAAGACUUCAAGAACUGAAGGACACACAGCACAUAGACUCAAGUCAUCUGUCAACUCAUGCCUUAAGUACAGUGGCUGAUGAGGUAGAGGCUGCAGUGAAUCACUUCAGUCAAACUGGUAAAAUACCAAAUUUCGUCACAGAAGCAUCAAUAUUCCGUAACCCGUACUUUCGCUCGUCCUUCCUGCCUGCUUUACUAGCACCCAGGCCUUUACCAGAUGUUCCAGAUUCUCGAGCAAAGCUGAUUUCUGCCCUCCAUUCCACAGGAAAAAUUCCAUCUAACAUGUUCAAUUAUUAUGUUGAAGCUUGUCAGAAGGAAGCCUCAGACUUGUUAACAGGUGUAUUUAUUGAUGUUAAAGAAGACAUUAUUAUUGAAGAUCCUGUCACAGAGCUCUCUCAUCAGCUCCAGGACUUAAUUAAAGAAGCCACAAGCUGCCAGGAUAGAGAUAAAACCUCGUUAUCUGCGAUGCUCCCGACUCUCUCUCGAAUUUCACACAAGAUUGAAGAAAUAAUGAAGUUAUCAGAUUCUAAACUAAGACAUAUUAAAUAUUUAUCCCUAGAUGCAAGAAAAUUCAAUACAAAACUGGUAUCUUAUCAGGUGACAGAAAAAAUAAUUGAAACUGUACAGAAAUUGUGCAUCACCUCUACCCCUGAGAAGAGUAUAAGGAAAACGCGACCUGUAUUGCUCUCUCAGUUUGUGUCACUGGUGUCUUCGAGCAUCACCCUGCAGUGUGCAUUCUUCACCCACCUAUUGCAUACACUUAGGAUUGGUCAACAUGAUGAGCUUCCUGAUGAGCAAAGUGAGUGUCAUGGAAUAAUUAUGUCUGAGCUGUGGAAGAUUGAAGGUCUUUUUCUUCCUGUCAUCGAUGCUUCUGUACCAGAACAGAAGCCUCAGUCUUUCAUCACAUUCUACUUGCACAAGUUACAGUUUAACUCCUAUCAGGCUUGUAUCUUUGCCUGUAGUAUUCUGAAUACUUGGCUGCAGUGGUCCAUAGUGACUGAAGAUCAAGCAUAUAAUAUAGAACCUCCGUUGCCCUCUCUUCCAGCCGAACUUCUCAAUUUGUAUUGUUGCAUUGCCCCAAGGCUGGCACUUAUAAGCAGCCACCAAGACGAGAGAGAAAAAACAGUGGCCGAUGUGUAUUUGUGUCUUGAAGGCUGUGAUGUACCUAGGUGUUCUGAACUUUACUUCCAGCAGACAGCUGCUUGCAUACAACAACACAAGAUUCCUCUUGAGAAAUGGAUUGCUUUUGAGCUGCAAGCCACUUGGGCAGAAACUUCUAUAGAUGUGCAACAGGCUUACCUCAAGUGCAGGGUGCUCAAGGAUUUUGUGUCUGCAGACGAAGACGUUGGUGCAGACAACACAGUCGAGAUGAUCACCACAAGUGAUGACAUUUCUCUCUCUCUCACUCAGAUAAUAAUAGAAAUGGUCUUUACUUUUCUAAAAGUUGGUCUGAAGAAGGAAAACUCCAGCGAAAUAUUGCUGCUCAUACAAUCACUUGCGCAGCAUAAUCUCAACCCCAGUAUCUGUCUUCUUGAGGAAUGGUAUAAACGUCACACAGAAAGAACCAUCAGUGAUAUUUCGGUUUUGUCUUUCAUGAGUAUUUGCCGCUGCCUGCCACCAGCACUCUUCUUGAGAGGGGAACAGCUUCUUCAUCUCUCAGUAGUCCUGAAAAGCCUUGUGGAUCAGCUUCAGGCUGCCAGCCAAGACUUACAAUUAAAUUUGUGUGAUACUGUAUUCCUGUGCUCAUCAUUGCUGAGUGCUGCUGCAAGUCCUGUGGCGAAGAACCUUCAAGUGCAGCAGUGUCUUAUGCCUCUCAGGACAGCUAUUGUGUUCCAUUGGGAAUCACUCAGCAGUUUCUUCAAGAAUCACAGUACCAUCAUCAACAAGCACAGUUGUUUAGAGAUUUUGUGGAAUACAUUGAAAACACUAAGCUUGAAAACUAUCACUUCUCUCAGUCCAGAAGAAGCUGGCAUCAGACUCUUAGCACUGACUUUACGAACUUCAGUCAGCGAGCCAGAAAUAAAAGCCAUGGUGUCCAUUGCUGGGGGUCCUGUGUAUGUUAAAUGGCUCUUGGCUCAUAUAGGCUUGCAGCAAAUGAGAGGCAGCUUUCCAUUUUUUCCAGACAAUAAAAAAACAUUUCUUGACAUGCCAAUUCAAAGUAAGAGAAUAAUUUCCUUCUGCCAGGAAGAACUUCAUAAAAUUUUAGCUGUAUCAGAGCCAGCAAAACUCGUCAGUGAAAUUUUUCCACAAAUAACAGACACACAUCUAGCAUUAAAAUCUAUCCCCACUGCUUGUGUCCUAGUUCUUCUUUGCAGCAGCAGUAAUAUGCCAAAUUAUGGAGAGACUGAUAUCAAAGAUAGCAAAAAGGUAUUGAAACAAUUUGACCUUCUCUUACAUUGUCAUUUUUUUCUCAGUCGCUUGUUUGAUUAUAAGGGAGGUUUGAAUGACAACUCUGAGUUGGUGAACACAUCAUUAGCUAGAAGACAGGUAGAGUCACAGAAUCUAGAAUAUUUGGCAACUCUAAACUGCAAAAUAUUUUCACAAUUAUCAAAAAUACCUCCUAAAAUAUUAAUUAAAUUAUCGAAGAAUACAUUUUUUAAAUGUGACAGUGAACUACAAGCCGCAAUAAAAUUUAAAUUGCAAGUGUAAAUAAUCAUGAAAAUUUCAAAUUAUAUGUGCAAAAAUGAAUAAAUUUUUCUUUCAUAUGCG